GAGGGCGCAGCCCGAGUCCGAGCCGCCGGGGGUUCGUAUUAGUCGGGGGCUGGGGUCCAGGGCGGAGCCGACCCGACCUGAGGGAGACCCGGGAGCGAGGCGGGGGCGGGAGCCCGAGCAGGUGCCGCGGGGGAGGCCCCGAGCGGGCGUGCUGGGUAGGGGCGGCCCAGACCCGAGUAGGGAAACCGGCCCCCGCGCCGCGCCCGCCCCGCCCUCUGGGGCGCAGGUGACCCGGGCAGGCCUCACCUGUUCCUGGGGCCGGACCCGGAAUUGAGCACCCCUCCCCCCCUUUCUCCAAGGCUAGUAGCUAGAAAAACCCCGAGCCUGGGGCGCCUGGGAGCGAUCCGGGAUCGGCCCGGCCCGGGGAUGCCAGCCCCGGAGGCGGCGGCGGGCGGGGGCUCACGGGGCAGCUGCUCCGCCGGACCUCGAGGCUGGCAAGCUUUGCGACUGCAAGCAAAUAGAAAUCGGGCAACUUUGAGUUCCUCGUGAAGUGCCCUUAAUAUGCAGUCCCUGCAGACCUAGGCUUGGGGGAUUUUCAUUUAUCGCUAGUUUGUAAUCCCCCUCGGGGAUCCCCCACAAGGCAAAAUGAUGUUGUCCGAGCAAGCCCAGAAGUGGUUUCCGACUCAUGUGCAGGUCACCGUGCUUCAAGCCAAAGAUCUGAAGCCGAAAGGCAAAAGUGGCACUAAUGACACAUACACUAUCAUCCAGCUGGGCAAAGAGAAAUACUCCACCUCGGUAGCCGAGAAAAGCCUAGAUCCGGUCUGGAAAGAAGAGGCCUCUUUUGAGCUACCUGGAUUGCUAAUGCAGGGCAAUCCCGAGAAAUACAUUCUUUUCCUGGUAGUCAUGCACAGGUCUUUGGUGGGUCUGGACAAAUUUUUGGGGCAGGUGGCAAUCGAUCUCAAUGACAUCUUUGAGGACAAACAGAGAAGGAAAACAGAGUGGUUUAGAUUAGAAUCCAAACAAGGGAAAAGAGCCAAAGACAGAGGACAAAUAAAGGUCAACAUUCAAUUUAUGAGGAACAAUAUGACAGCCAGUAUGUUUGAUCUAUCCAUGAAGGACAAAACAAGAUCUCCUUUUGCAAAACUGAAAGAUAAAAUGAAAGGCAGAAAGAAUGAUGGGACGUUUUCUGAUACAUCUUCAGCAAUCAUUCCAAGUACUCACAUGCCUGAUGCUAACACUGAACUUUCAAGUAGUGAAAUACAGAUGAAAUCCAGACCAAAAAAGCCUUUUCUUUUGGGACCUCAGCGACUUUCUUCAGCUCAUUCAAUGUCUGAUUUAACUGCAUCACAUGCUUCUUCAGAGAAAUUGAAGACUACCACAAUUGGUCAUACACAUCUUUUCAGGCGCCAAUUAGAGUCAUUUGAAUCUGUUGAGGAAAGUGGAAGUCUCAAAUCUCCACAUAGAAGAACAUUAAGUGCUGAUACUUCUAAAAUCAACCAACCUGACAGCAUAGUUGAUGAAGGUGAAUCGUCUUUUGGAACACAAAAUGACCCAUUUACAAAUGUGACUGCUUCAUUACCCCAAAAAUUUGCAACACUGCCAAGAAAAAAAAAUCCAUUUGAAGAAAGCAGUGAAUCUUGGGACAGUGGUAUGAAUUUAUUUUCAAAACCAGUUGAAGUCAAAAAAGAAAAUAAAAGAGAGAAAAGAGAGAAAGUUAGUCUUUUUGAAAGAGUGACUGGGAAAAAGGAUAGCAGGAGGUCUGACAAACUUAGCAAUGGGGGUUCAGACAGCUCUUGUGACUUGAAAUCACCUAAUGCAUUUGGUGAAAAUCGCCCGGAUUAUUUUGAUUAUGAUUCUACUAACCCGUUUACAACAAACUUCAGGACUACAAACAUGAUGCCAUCUUCUAGAGUCUUCCAAGUCCAGUGGCAAGGCAAAAAUCAAGAAGACUCGCGAUGGUUUGGAAUGCACUGGAUGACCUUGGCGUCUUCAAUAUCUGACCAAGCUCUGAGUGUUCCACAGCGCCUGCUUCAGCCACCUUUAUGGCCAUUGGAACAAGUUGUUCUUAUCCACCCAUUUGGUCAGAAGAAGUCUUCACACGCUUGGGAUAGACAUCCCUCUCACUCCCUCACAGGAGGUUUGAGGCCUGUCAGAUAUCCUCAACCUGGUUUAGCUCAUCUGCCAAGACGUUUUUACCAGCGUGUGGCUGCUACACAUGCUAGAGCUUCAUGGAGCCACAGUUUUCAUAUGAAAUCGACAAACAGUGAAGAGCUCAGGAAAAUACUGGAUAGCAAUCCUUUUGAUGCCACUGCAGGGUAUCGAAGCCUUACCUAUGAAGAAGUAAUACAAGAAUUGGUGAAACAUAAAGAACUACUUAAAAGAAAAGAUACCCAUAUUCGUGAACUUGAAGACUACAUUGACAAUCUUCUUGUAAGAGUAAUGGAAGAAACUCCAAGUAUACUCAGAGUGCCAUAUGAACCUUCAAGAAAAGCUGGCAAAUUUUCUAAGACUUAAUAAGCCAGUAACACUGCAUUUCUUACUUUUAAAAUGCUAAUGGAAGACACUGUACAACAAGUUUAAAUUUUAUUACUUUUUUCCUGUUAACUUCUCAGAAAUUGUUUUACAUUUAAAUAUGGGGAUUGCUCCAAAGGUGUCAUUUCUAAAGUGAGCUAAGUAAUAUAAAUAUUUAAAGAAAAGGCUAGAAUCUCUAGGCAGUAUAACUUUUCCUUAGAUGUAAAUUAGGCUUUCCAAGCCUACUUCUAUAUUCCUGAUUAAUCUAUUGGUGCAGACAUUCACCUUUGUAACAUUCACCUUCCAAAAUGCUUAUCUGUUGCUAAAAUUUUUCAUCAUUCAGAUCCUGCCUUCUGAAAUAUGAUAUAUUUUUGAUUUUUCAGAAAUAUUUAGCCAGAGAACUAUUAAUUACACAUAUGCAUAAUUAAGUAUUUUAAAUUUAUAAUUGGUACCUUUUAAGACUGAAUUCCCUUGUCCUUCAUUUGAACGUGUGAAUGUGUUUUAUUUAUUGGUGCAAAACAAAAAUCAGUUCAUAUUAGUAUUACUGUUUAUGCAGAGAUUGUUUUGAAUCAGUCAUAACCAUAUGAUAUUUGAUUUAAGAGUGAACUGCAAUGUAAUGUAAUACUUUAAAAUCCAUCCCUCAUAUUCAUUGGAAGAAAUGAAUUAAAAGUGGUAUAAAGAGUGUCAUAUUUGUGUAGUAUUGAUAAUGUCUUAGAAUAUUACAACUUCAAGAUAUUAGAUACUUGUUGAAACUCAUAAUUUUUUUUAUCCUGAAUUUGAUUUUUGUGUGAAAAAUAUGAAGUUUAUAACAAACUAAUAAAAAAUGUGGGGUUUUGUGUUUGUAUUUUUAGUAAAAAUAUUGCAUGCUUUUAAAGAUGUGGACUAGAUGUUAAGAGGAGAAAUGUCAAAUGUCAAAGAAAGAAUGAGGAAUAAAAAAGAUAGCCAAAUAAAAUACUUGAAUAAUUUGUAAUAGGACAAAAGAUGUUUAGGAAUUUGCAUAAAAUGGACAAGGUAGGAAUAUUGACAAAAGCAAAAUAAAUUUUAAACAUUGAGUUUCAGGUUAGGGAAUUUUUAAAACCUUAAACCCAAGAAAGACUAGAUAAAGGGAUUGUAGUUUUCUAGUGCAUGUCCUUACUCAAAGAAUAAUAUAUUCUUCAAUUCUUGAUAUAAUGAAUUUCUGCUAAACUUUUCUUUCCUCUAAAAAGCAUGCUUACUUACUUCUGUAGGGCAUCUUUAGAUAUUUUUGUAAAAAGCAUGUGAAAUUAUCCCAUUAUUUCAGAUGGAAAUGUUGAUGUUCAAAGAAAAAGAGGUUUUGUUUUAUUUUGUUUUGUUUUUAAGCCGACUACUCAAUGAAUUUGAAGAAAUUAUUACAAUGAUAAGUUAAGAAGGAAGAGUUCUCUUUUAAUGUUAAAUUCAUUUCAUUUUGGGAUAUCUCCCUAUUCUUUAAUGAACAUUUAUAAUUUUUCUGAUGCUUGUAGCUCAACUUCUCUAAAAUAUAUAAUCAAGUAGAUAGUAUCCAUUAAAAGAGCUAGAUAAAGAACUUUUAAAAAUACAAUAUUUUGACUUAUCUUUUUGAUCACUUUAAUAUUUGGGGUCAGAGUGAGUGUACUUUUCCAAAGAAUCUGACUCUUUUACAGUAUGUAUUUAUUUCUCCAAAGAGAGUAUCAUUUUAAAAUUCUGAAAUAAUUUUCCUAAACAACAUAUAGUUCAUUUUCUAAAAUUUGGAAAAUUGAUUUUGCCCAACUUUCCCACUUCCAGUUUACUGUUUUGUAUUUAGAAUCUAUGGUGGCUAUACCUCAGAUAUCAAUAUGUGAUUUUUUUCCCCCUCUAAUUUGAUAUCUUGUUGACAAAUAUUUUUGAAUUUGGUGCCAAAGGUCAUGAUUUUGAUCAUUAUAAUUCACUUAGAUUUUUUUAAAAACAUUUCUUAAAUCAUUUUUUUAAAUGAAAAUAUAAGUAAGGAGUUGUUCGUUUUUGCCACAAAGAUUCUUAGAUCUUUGUGUACUUUGGCCAAAUAUGUUUUUAUAUAAUUAAUGUUUAUUCUGCCAUGUGUAUCUACGUAUCUUUUAAGUAGGACAUAACCAAGUCUACAAGAAUCUCUAAGCUCUUUAUUUUUAUCAUUGUUAGCCAAAAUGAGUAUUAUAUUAAAACUUGAUUUUAAAAACACUUAGUACCACCUGAAACUAUUUCAGUUAUGGGUUACUAUCACUUACAUGGACUUAGAGCAGGAUGCUAUUUUCAAUAUAAUUAUGUUAUAAAUCAAUAUAAUUAAAAGCAGAAGAAAAAAUUAUUCCUCAAAUUUUGUUUAUAAGUGAAAGUGUCUUUAAUCUGCCCUUGGUUGAAAGUAGAAACAAAACUCUUCAAUUUUUAGAAUUGCAAAAAAAGCAGAUAAUAAUCAUUUAGCUUUUAUUUUUGAAGUAUAAUUUAAUUCAAGUUCUUUUUUUAGGUUAGUAGUUUAGUAAUAAGGGUAAAAUUAAUGAAUUUGUUAGUAGAAUGUAUGAUACUUAAUUUUUUUUUCUCUUCACUGAAGUGUAUUUAUAAACUCAGAAGCAUUUCAUUGAUCUAAUCAUAAAACAAUUUAUAUAACAUAUCUCAAAACCUGUUAUAAGCUGAGAAACUUCUAUUAUAUCAUGGUAUGGUUUUUAUUUUAUAAAAUUACUAAUAUGUUUUCAAUUUCAGUAUUAAUCCAAUUUAGUGGUGAUAAUAUUGGAAAUACUUGCCUACAGUUAAUGCAUUUAACUUUCAUUUAUGGAACAAAUACCAGGGUUAUAUCUUAGUUGUAAAUAAAAUAACUUAUUACUCAUUCAUAAAGAAUGUAUAACAUUUAGAUGUUACUUUUUGCUGCUAUAUUUUGUCUUGAGCUUUGUUUUGUCACCUUUGCAUGCGUGAAUGUAGCAUUAUACAUAGAUUUGCCAUAACUACAUUUAUUGAUUUUUUUGGGGGGAGGCAGGAAAUCAAGAUCUAGUUGUAAUUUCUCACUAAGAAAAUGUUGCCUUGUUCUUAAAAACGAUUUCACGAAUGGAAACCUAAGCAAAACUGAGCUCAUCAGUGAACAACUUGCUUUCUUCAUAUGUGCUUCCCCCAUCCCCAACUUCCUCAAAAGGGGGAGGGAGAAUGCAUUUUCUCUGACUAAGAGAAUCUUAAAAAGAAACAAGAACUGCUUUCUUUAAUAUAUCUACAAUUACUGUUGAAUCAGAGAUUUUAUUUUCUUCUAUAGCUUUUAAAGAAAAGCCUAUCUUGGAUUUGUAAAUCAUACUGAAACUUUUUGAUGUUCAUGUACUCAUACAUCUUGUAGUCAUGGUAGGUGUAAGUUGUGUGUGUUAAAAUGAACUUUAAGAGCAUGUUGAUUCACUUAUUCUCUUUGAAGUAAGAGGUGAAGGAUUAUGGCAUUGCUAGUUCAUGAUACUAGAUUUAAAGGUCUGUCAGCACUUCCAUUUUAAACUCCAUUUUAAUGGAUUUAUAACUUUAAUAAUCCAGAUGUAAUCAUUGGAAGUAUUUAAUAUGCAAUAGAUAGCACCUUAACUAAUCUACAUAUGAAGGGUUUUCAGAUGCAUUUGUUAAGAAAUGUAGAAGCUUUUCAAGCAUUAAACUAGAGUUGACAUCAUUUAUUUCAUUUAUUUUCUAUGUCAAAAGAAUCUACUCUUAUGUGGAAUUGAAAUCUGUUACAAAUAAUACAUUUGAGUUUAUUCAUGUUAGAAGCUUCCAGAUGUUUUAUAUUUUGAAGGAUGAAAAAUUGCUGCAGAUCCUAGAAUGUGUAUAUUUAGCAGGUAUGCAAAAGAUAUAAAUGUUAUUUAUAACAAAAGAAUACAUACUUGUCUUAUUAAAAAUACUAUAGUCACUUGUACACAUUUUUGAAGAUAUAAAACUUUCAAGUAUAUUUAAAUAUUGUAUAGUGUGACACAAAAUUUAUGUAAUCUGAUGCAUGAAGAAUCAGAAUUUUUAUGUUAAUUAUAAGUAUUGAUUUAUUAUAGCCGAUUAAAAUGUAUAAUCUUAAUAUAAUGGUCUAUAAUUUUAUUUAAUUGCAUGUCUGAAAUGUUAAUAAAUUUCAAAAGUACAUCACAGUAAUUCUUUUCUUUUAGUUUAGUACAUACAUUAGUAGGUAACUUAUUCAUUAUGUUGGAAAGAUAUGUUCUGUAAGAAUGAGUAUAAAUACGUAUGAAAGCAUUUAAGAGAAUAGUAAACAAAUUGCCUACAUAUCUCCUUUUCAGUAUGUAUGUGAAUCUUUAGUUAUUUUUGUUUGAAUAACACAUCAUAUUUUUCAUUCCACAUAA